AAUUUCCUUCCUUAGUUGUUGAUUGUACUUGAUAGAAUGCACUUAUGUAUAAUGUACGAUGUAAGAGAUGGGUGACGAAGAGUACGCUAUGUAGUGUUAGCAUUUUUUUAAGGUAGGCUGUUAAACGCUAGACAAACAUGCAACUUUCACAUAUUAGCAGUUACUCGAGGACGUGUUUGUAAUUAUCAGGAAUAUAGAGGUUGUGAAGUAUGAAACCAAUUUUUCUAAUGAAUUUGUUGUGUUGAAUAUCCGUAAACGAUAAGGCGUUGAGGAGUUGACGGUUAAGGAAAACUUGAUAAAUUCUCAACGCGCGAUAACUACUGAGUGCCUUUCGCUAUAUAUUUCUGUGGUAAUCCGAUGUUAUCUUAAUAUUGUGUGUCUAUUAUCUUAUCGCCGAUUGUCACAACGCGAGCUCUACGGGUACAGUUGUUAGUUGUGCAGACCUGUCAUUGGACAAGAACAAAGGCUCUUAGGGAGGAUUGUACAAUCAUGGACACCCAAAGUGUGAUGCUUAAUGAUUUGACUGGAGCAGGCACUAGACAGAAUCCAUCAACUUCUAGACAUGUUCAUUAUGAAUCUUCCCAACUUCAAAAUGAUUUAAUAUCAUCUAUGCCAUCACACAGCCUUGGUGCAAGUGCCUCGAGCACAUUAAGAAAGCCAAGAAGCACAAAACAUGUGACCACUGCUGAUCAUUUUGAGACAAUACCUAUACUACGGUAUGCAGACUCAGACUUGGAUAAUCAUGCAGGUCUUAUUGCUGGUGAAAUGGAAAAGGAUUCAGCUCUCAUGGAGGACAAUCCAGAAUCAGAACAAUUACGAAUUGACACCUUAAGGGAAAUGCCAGAGUCUCUGACAUUAAAAAGAGUAGUGAAGAAGAAGUUGCUGAAGAGAGUCAGUCAGAAGUCGAAGAAGAAACCUAUUGGCUGUUUCAAAAAAAUCCGUUACAAAUUCAGUAUGCUAACAAAGAAGCUCAACCUUGCUGCUAAAGAUGUUAUAUAUAGUGUGGAACUUUGGUACAGCAGCAUAAAAGUCAUUGAAGGACAUUUCGGUAGCAGUGUGGCCACAUACUUUAGAUUCUUCCGCUGGCUUUUCAUGCUCAAUGUUGUUAUUGCAUUAAUCAACCUCUUGUUUUUGGCAAUCCCACAAAGCCUGUACAGUGCAUAUGAUGAGGACGAUGACACUAUGAACAAUACAGCAAUGGAAAACAGGAGAUCUCUCAUACUUUUCAAGAGAUUGAAAAUUGGGGAAAGUGAAAUCAACAGUGGUGAGAUGACAAUUUUCACUACACUGAGCUCAAGUUCUGAGUACUUCUCAUUUGCUGAUAUUUUUGUUGGUGAGGGUUCUUUCACCAAUAGCAUUUUGUAUUAUGGCCACUACACCAACACAUCAUUCUCAGUUUUCCCCAAUGUGGAGUACAGCAUGCCACUGGCGUACUUCUUCACUACCGCAUGUUGCUUUGGUUUGGCAUUUCUUGCACUAUCAUUGAGUGUUGCCAGAUCUUACAGAAAAGUCUUCAUUGAAACGUCAGGUGGGAUAAAAAAUGUAUAUGCUCUCAAAAUAUUUUGCGGUUGGGACUACAGCAUUGCAACCACUGAAGCUGCUAAUCUGAAAUCAAAGAGUCUCUACAAUGAAAUAAAGGAACUUCUUGCUGAGGAUUACAAGGAGUUAAAGAAACACAACUGGAAAUCGUGGUUGAAAAUCAUUUUAGUACGUCUUGUGGUAAAUUUAUCAGCAGCCACUAUUUUUAUUGGAACUGGAGCAGCCAUAUGGCUAGUGCUCGAAAAGAAACCACUUGAUUGGAACUAUAUGUUGCCCCUGAUUAUUACAGUUAUCAUGGUGGUAGCACCAUGGCUCUUGUCCAUUCUCUUAAGGCUUGAAGAUUAUGAGAGUCCACGAAUAGCACUUUAUGUUAAUCUGGUAAGAGUUUUUCUUCUUGAAAUUGUUGCUAUCAUGGCUAUUGUGGUCUACUGGUUCCAUCCAUCCAAUUCUCAGUGCUGGGAGACAUCUUUAGGACAGGAGCUUUAUCGUCUUGUUAUUUUGGACUUUUUCAUUUCAACACUAGGAGGUUUCCUUAUAGAAUUCCUUCUUAAGAAAGUGGGCAGGAGUUCGUGUAUCAAAAUUGCUCCACCAGAGUUUGACAUUACACGAAACACCUUGAAUCUCAUAUACAAUGAGACUUUAGUUUUUGUAGGCUUUUUCUACAGCCCACUUCUUCCUCUUGUUGUAACAAUAAAAAUGUUUAUUACAUUCUACAUUAAGAAAAUUGGAACAUUAUAUAACUGUCAGCCUGCAAGUCGAUCAUGGAGAGCAUCACAGACGCAGACAGUAUUUCUUAUUUUGACAUUCCUUUCGUUGCUGGCUGCUGUAAUUGCAUAUGUCUACCUUAUUUCAUAUGUAAAUCUUUCAGAAGGAUGUGGUCCUUUCCAAAAAAAGAUGUCGGAUUUAAUAAUGGAUGAAAUGUUGACCCUGGAGGAAGGCCAUGUAAUAUGGAAAAUUUUAUUUUUUGUGACAAAGCCUGGUGUAGUUGGUAUUAUCCUAACAGGCAUGAUUUUCUUGGCAUUCUAUAUGCGUUCAAAAGCUGUAGCACAUGCUGAAAUGAUUGAGCUUCUAAAAGAUAUGUUGAUUAUAGAAGCAGAAGACAAAGAAUUUUUGCUUACAAAUAUUGCUAAAGUUACAGAGCCACAAUUCCCUGGAUGGUCAGAUGGCAGACCAAAACCUUCACCACGAAAAAUGAGGAAACGCCAGACAAACUGGGAUUCACCUUUAUCUGGUGAUUAUUCAGCUGCCCUCAAAGGAAUGAGAGCAAAGCAACCAUUCCAUCUUCGAGGGCAAGGGCACAAAAUGCGAAGAUAAGAAGAGCAGCCUCUUGACACAUGAUGUGCUGAAUUGUGUUUUACUACUACUGACUGAUGGUGUAUUGUACUUUAAAUCCAUCAUAAAGUAAUUGUUGUUUUAUUAUGUUGCUUUACAUUUUGCAAACAAGUUCUGUUUGUUCUCAUAAGGCAUUUCCUGAAGAUUAGCAGUAUUAAAAUAUUAAAUUUUUUGUUGUGUUACUUGUUGAACAUUAGUGUUGAAAUCUUUAUCAGAGUAGAAUUGACUGUAAUAUUGUUUGUUGAAUCAUUGACUAUUGUUAACUGUUUCUUCAAUCUCUAAUUUGUUAUUGAUAUAUAGUAUGUCAUUAAGUCUGGUCAUACUUGCUUUAAUUUCUCAGAUGAGGACUACAGAGGAUACAUUUUUUCUUCUGGUUUGUAAAUAAAAUGAAAGAUAAACUCAGAAAAUUUGUUUCUAGAACCUGGAUUUCUAGUAUAGGAAUUAAAUAUCGCUGUACAGCUGUCCGCACUGUAGCCAUACUUCUAACAGAUCCUUUCACUAUAGUACCCAUUACAGUGAUGGAGGUUUUUCAUAUGUCAGGCCCUCAUUAUUUGUUGGCAGAGGAAAUGAAUACACACCAUAUUUGGUGUAACUCCAUCCAUAAUAGUCAGUGGCAGCUAAAUCUGGUAUGCAGCAAGAGACUACCAAAAAUGUGGAUAUAGGAUAACAUUCCACUCAAAUAGAAAACGAAAUGUUCAAAAUCCUUCUGUGCCUGUGGUGGUAACGCACACUGUUACAUACAUCUGGAAACUGUCUUCACAGGCACUUAGAUGGUGUACUAGUUGUCACAGAGUAUACAAAACAAAAAAUCAUAGUCAAGUUCAUUGGUUUAUUUAAUCAGUUUCAUCAUUGUUAAAAAUGCAUUUCAUAACCUUCCAAUCUAUCUCACAGACUCAAAACUAAAAAUAGUUCUUUUUAUAUCUUGUGUUUAGGCACUGUAAUAAUUACAUACACUCUAUUACUUAUUGUAAACCAUUUCUUAGAAUUUGGCCUCCACAUUGUCAGUUAUAGUAGUUUAAGUUGAAAAGAUGAUAUAUCAAUAGAUUUUUUUACUCCUUUGAGUUGUUCUGUGACUUAAGUAUGUUAUUAAUUAUUUAGAUAAAACUUACCCAUUUAUGAUUUGUGAUGGAUGAAGCCAAAAGUAUUAGCACAGUGAUAGUGUUCUUCUGUGUGUCAGAUUCAAGCUUUUUUUCCAUUGGAGAUUGCUAUAUUUAUUGGCAUACAAUGGCAGUGAAUGUUGAAACUAAAAACAUCAUUGACAAAUUUGAGUUUAUCUUUCAUCAAAUACUGUGUUAUUUGAACUCCUCCUCUUCAUGUGAAGGUAUAUGUUUUGUCCUCUCUUCAGUGAUGAAUAAUUUGAAGUGUCAAAGAUCUAGUCUGGUUUUGAAUUUUUCUAAAUGUGAUUUUUUUAUAGUUCCUUUUAAAUAUAUUGUUAACAUUCUUUAUUUUUUUCCCACAACUACAAACAACACUUUUCACUUUUACACUAGAUUCCAAAGAGGAGAAGUAGUUUAAAUGUAAAUUUUUCUAGUUGAUCAAUCAAAUGUUUGAUGGCGUCUUAAUAUUUCAGUCAGAUAUGCAGCAGUUCUUGAAUCAGUAUUUCAGUUCUGUAGUUUUUAGUAAGGUAUCCCUUCAAUAAACACUUUGUAUUUGUUAAAAAUCCCAAAACUUCACUGACGUUGAGAAAUAAUAUUUAAUAGGCCUGGUUUUUGUAGGUGAGAGGAACAUUCAGCUAUCCAAAUAGUGCUGUAAUUUAGUUUUCUUAUACAUUUAACACCUAAACUAAGUUCUUAUUGAAUUGUCAAACAGAAUCAACAGUAAGUAGAUGAUUUAUUGACAGCUAAACAUCAGCAUAUUAUUAUGGGACACACUGUCUUCACCUUAUCCUCAAGGAGGUUUGGGAUUACUUUGUUAUGGUUUUUUUUUUCCCCUUCAAAUUUUGUGAAGAUAAGGAUGUGUUUUUAAAUUUGAAUGCACAGGAUUACGUAAGUAUUCUUUAUGUCUUCAAUAGAUCAACUGUGGAGGGCUGUUGCUUCAGAUCAUACAAACUUGAAAAUUGUGAUGAACUCUGACAAUUAAAAGAUAGAAAUACAGCAGAGUGAUAGUAAAAGUUUAAAAUGAAACACUUAAAAUAUCAUUCUAUAAAGUUUUAUGGCCUAUUUGCAUUUAGUGUUGAUAGUUCAUCCAAGUUAUUGAGGGAAGCUGCACACUCUCAUUACUUAGGAUUUGUAUAAUAAUUUCAGAUAGUUAUAUUAUAUGUGUGAAAUGUGCAUUAUUUAUUUCCACUUACCUGUUGCUAAGAGAAUAUUUAUCUUCUGCAGUUAUGUGUUUACUUUUCUUUGAUAUGUGGACUAACAAAAUAAAGCUAUAGCAAUUUGUGUCUAAUUGCAUAAGUUUUUAUUGUGACACAGGUUGCUAUGCUCUAUUUUUAUUUUAUUGGAUAAUGAUAUAAAAUAGAAAUAAGACAAAUAUACGUCAUCAAUACAUUCAACAGUUUGCACCAGAACAAAUAUUUCUGCUCCAACCCUUAAAUUUUAGUGAAUUACACCUGGUAUUAACACGCAACACUAAAAUUAUUGGAGAAAAUUGAACAUUUCAGUCAGAAUGAGUGAAAAAAGAUUUCCCUCAUAUUCACAUAAGGUAUGAAAGCUCACUUUAAAUCACGUUUGUAAUGGUAUCUUACUAUGGCCACAAAUUUGGCGUUUGAAAGCCAAUAACAUGAAAUGUCUCCAAAAAUUUAUAGUCCAAUAUCAGACAUAACAAAAUGCCAAAGUUCAAUUACAUUUGCUCAUUUUAAUUAGUAAUCCAUUAAACUCUAAGUGUCUGGCAACUUUAACUCAACACAAUCAAAAUUAAAACCUCAAUGGAACAAUUUUUUUACAGAAUAAGUAUAGAUUCAGAUAACAGUGCUUUUGUUUCACUUACUUUAGUAAUUUGCAGUUAUAUUUCUUGACUUCAUUCAUGCAGUGUUGUGUGUUGAUUGCAGUCAUUUUGAAUAUAGUGACUUGUUCAUUUCUAAAUAUAUACCAGAGAUCAGUUCUGGACCAGUGUGUUACUGAAUUUAAUAAAGGUUUCGUGUAAUAAACUGAGACGUGUGUCAUUGAUCAUCAAUGUGAAAAUAUGACACUGUUAUUUAUUAUAUUGAUUUAUAUUUGAAAUAAAAGAUGAAUGAGUUA